AGAUUUUAGAUUGUCUUGUCAGCUGAAAACGUACACGUUUCAAGAGUUGUAGUCGAGUUAUUUACUUUCUCCAAUUUUGUGGAUCCAUAGAAUUUCAUACAGACGUUAGUUUUCAUUUAAUAAAUAUGUCAGGAAAAGCAAACAAAGCGUUUACCAAGGAAGAAGAGUUAUUAUUACAAGAUUUUAGUAGAAAUGUUUCCACUAAAUCAUCAGCCUUAUUCUAUGGAAAUGCUUUCAUCGUAUCUGCUAUUCCCAUUUGGUUGUUUUGGAGAGUUCAUGCUUUGGAAGUAAGCACCUCGUUGGCUUGGUUUGCAUUAGUAACAACAGCUAGUACAUGGUUAUUGGCCUUGGCUUACCGAAACACCAAGUUUCAAUUAAAGCAUCGUGUCGCUGUCCGACGAGAGGAUGCAGUCGCCCGUGAGAUGGCUAGGAAGUUGGCUGAAGAAAAGAAAAUGAGCAGGAAAGAGAAAGAUGAGAGAAUUUUGUGGAAAAAGAAUGAGGUAGCAGACUAUGAAGCAACAACUUUCUCAAUUUUCUACAACAAUGCUCUAUUCUUGACGAUUGUUAUUCUUAGCAGCUUCUACUUGCUGCGCACAUUUACACCAACAGUUAACUACAUUGUAUCCCUCACAGCAGCUUCUGGUCUUCUGGCUCUGCUGUCUACAGGUAGCAAGUGAAAACUGAUAGGUGUGUGUUUGUGACAAUUAUAUGAACACAAUGAUUUUCUACUAUAGUGCAUAGGUUACUCAGAUUCUAAAUUAUUAAGAAAUGCACCAAUGCCUAUAAUGUUUUGUUUUUUACAAUGAAUUUAUAACUUAAAAAGAAAUAGGAAUAAAUAAAAUAGAUUUAAACA